AUGGCGCCGGACCAAACGACGCAGAACAAGAAUGAACAGGAUCCAGUGGAGGAUGUAGACCCGUCAAACCUGAAGAGAAAAAGUGAUGGGUUUCUCUUCAGAAAUUUUAAGCGACUCAAACAGAAGCUGCAGGGGAAUGAAGGCGACGAGGAGGAGCAGCCAGAUCAUCCACCUGAGCAACAUCCAGACCCUCAGACGAAACUCUACGAUGGCGUGCAAAUCUCAAACAAUUUCAAGCACAAUAAAAAAAGUAAAAAAAUUAUUGACGAGGACUAUGAAAGUGACUCGGAGGGAGAGGAAGGGGGUGGCAAAAAGGGAACUGAUAAAUCGGCAGAUAGCCGUAGGAAGAAGCCCAAAGGUGUGAAUGAACACCAGGGCAAAAGUACGGCGAAGAAGGGAGGUGAAGAGAAAGGUCAGAACGAGGUACACGAAGAAGAAGAAGAAGAGGAUAGUGGUGAAGAGGACGAAGACGAGGAUGCAGGCAGCGGCGAUGAUGAGGAGGAAGAGGACGACGACGCGGAAGAAGAUGAAGAGGAAGACGAAAUGAAAGGAUUCAUUGUAGACAGCGAAGAUGACGAAGAGGAGGAAGACGAUGAUGAUGAUGAAGAAGAAGGGAAAAAAAAAAAAAAAAAAAAAAAAAAAAAAAAAAAUUAUGAUUAUUUUGAAAACAAAAGCCUAGACGAAGAAGACCUAGAACUAAUCGCAGAAAACACAGGAAUGCAAGUCGUUAGAAAUGAAAAAGACACCAAGCAUAGGAGAUUAAAAAAGAUUAAAGACUUACAAGGUGGAGACCACGACGACGAUGAUGAUAAUGAUGAUGGAGACGAUAACUUGUAUGCAAAUAAUGCAAAGAGCGAUAACAUAAGUGAAAACAAAAUCGACCGCUUAAGGGAUAAAGAAUAUUUUAUUGAUGAUAGCGAAACAACACUGAAGAAGCAGAAGGUGGAUCAGAAAAACGAUUUGUUCAAUUAUGAAGACAACCAGUCUGAUGGUGACGAGAAUGAAAACGGCGUAGGGGAGGAAGAGGAGGAGGAAGAAGAAGAAGGGUACCCAAUCUCUUCCAACAAUAUGUACAAAACAGACUCCUACAUCCAUGACAUUAUUAGCCAAACGUUUGGAGACGUUAAUACUGUCCUGGAUAUCAUCAAUGUAUCCCCUGCGAAGAAGAAAAAAAAAUACGAUUACGAAAAUGAGGAGGAAGACGAUGAGGAGGAGGAAGGUGAAGAGGAAGAGGAGGAGGACGACGAAGAAGACGAGGAUGACGACCACGAGGAGGGACACCGUGAAGGUCAUGAAAAUGACAAUCUGUUCUCUGGGGACAACCUUCUGGACGAUGAGGAGGAGGAAGAAGGACCCAGGAGAAUUAAAAAAAAAAAAAAAAAAAAAGCGGUCAGCUUUUUCGAUCAAAUUAAUCAAGACAUGAAAAAGAAGGGCUUGGAGGAUGACUCCGAUUACGACCCUGAUGUGGAUGAGGAAGAACAUGAGGGGUAUGUCUCGGAGGAAGGAGAGGAAGAAGACGCCACCGACUCCACCGAUGACGAGGACGAUGAAGAGGAAGAUGACGAGGAGGAGGAUGACGAUGGUGUGGAUGACGCACCUGAUGAAGACGACGAACUGGACGGAGGCAGCGACAGCGACCGCGAACUCUACGAGCGCGAAUUCAAGAAAGUAUGCGAUGAGGAGUACGACAAAUUUGAAGAAUACGAGGAGUACGACGAUUUUGACGAGUUUGAUGAUCUGCCCUACUACGAGGACGCCAUAAGGAAACGCGACAAGUAUGGUGAGGGGAAAAGCGGCAAGGUGAAAAAGAAGAAAGUUUUAAGCAUCCUAGAUGGAAGCGAAAAAGGGGAAGAAGACGACGAGGAAGAGGAAGAGGAAGGGGACGAAGAAGUGGGCGAAGGGGAAGAGAAAGAAGUCGACGCAGAAAAUAAAACAGCAGUGGAAGAAAACCAGAUGGAUCUGUUCGGAGAGGAAGACAUGAUCGAGUCCAAGGAAAAGUCGGCAAAAACUGAAAAGGGAAAAAAAAAAUCAAAAAAGAAAAAGAAAAAGAAAAAAAAAAAAAAAAAAAAAAAAAAAUUAGAUAUAAUAUCAAACAAAUGGAAAAAAAUCGCAGAACCAGAUGAAAGACUCAAUCAGUUAUUAACAAAAAAGGAUGACCUAAUCAGGUACUCCGACACCCCAGAGAGGUUCUACUUCUCCUAUAAGAAAAGAAAAAGCAAACUAACCAAAAAGUUGUUACUCAUAGAAUCCAAGUGGAUAAUACAAAAGCUGAAAGAAAAAUAUCCUAAUUAUUUCACCACAAGAAAUAUGGAAAAAAUGAUCGAGCAAAAUUACGACAACACGUACAGCCAUAUAAAUGUACAGGAAUUUCUAAGUGAUAAUUUUUUAUUAAAAAAAUGUAUCCUCACAUUAACCUUAUUAAUAAAAUAUAAAAAUGAAAUUCCAUUCAUUUUUUUUCACAAAUUUUAUUUGAUCUCUCCCCCAUUCAAUUUAAAUAUACUGUGGGACAUAUAUGAGUUGGACAAACUCUGGUAUAAAACAUUCAUGAAAAUGAAUAAGCUAAGAAAUAGGCUCAAGUUGUUAAGUACUUCCUAUAAGAUCCAUUCCAGUGUAUUUGAUAUACUCGAUAAGACCAAUGACUUGUACUAUGAGGACAUCAACAUAUAUUAUUUUUAUGCUAAGAAUGAUAUGUUUCGGGGAAUGAAGAUGGAAGAGGAGAAUGUGCAGGGCAAACACUCCUCCAUUCUUUGCAUCAAGGAAGACGGGGAAGGAAGCGGCCAUCUGGCAAGCGCAAAUGGUGCUAGAACAAAUGAAGAUGUGUCCAUUACAACAUCUGCCAUAAGUCCAGGAAAGGAAAAAAGAUAUGUCCAUUCUGGGGGCACAAAUGAUGAAGACUCUGAAAAUGAAAAUGCAGCCGAUGACCUCUUUGGGGAUAAACUACUCGAGGAAAAUAGCUCAAAUAAAAAUAAGGAAAAAAAGAAAGUGAUGAAGAAAAACGCAGAACCAAAGCUAUAUAACGAAAAAAGCGUCCCAGGUUUACUCUUCCUCGAGUAUGUAAAAAAAAAUAAAUUUAACAUAUGGGAUGACUACCUCCUCACCACAGAACAGUUUUAUGAAAACAUGGCUUACAUGUAUGACCUAAUAAAGGAUCAAACCAUUUGGCCAGCAGAGCAUGCAGAGGGUGAGGAAAAGCAACACCACUACGAUGAGUACAAAUAUGGGGAUAGCAAAAGUUACAAGUAUGAAAAACAUGAAGUGGACGCGCACCAUGGGCAAGCGACAGAUGGAAAAGCGACACAUGGAAAAGAGAAAGAUGGAAAGGACCAAUUAACCACCUUCACCUAUAACUGCUCCAUGAUUAAACAUAUGGUGACAAAUGUACCGGACAUAUACGGCAACGAUGUGAACAAUCAGAGCCACAUGGAAGAGUGGUGUAAGUCAUUCUUCACUCGAGAAGUUUCAAACAAUAAAGAGAUCUUCAAGACCCUCAUUUGUUACUACGCCAAACUCUUGGCUUCCCACCCCUGUGUGAAAUACAUUUUAAGAUUUUUCUUCCUCAAAUAUGCAUCCCUCACAACUGUCAGCACUAGCCAAGGGGAAGUACACAUCGAUGUCAGUAGCCCAGACUACUUCUCCUUCCGGUUGUUUAGGUUCCCUGUGCAUCACUUGCUGUGCGGCGAAUAUAAAGUGGGGAACGACGCCGGACGUAGUGGGAGCACCGACGUGAGUACAAGCGAUACGACCUACCGCGCCUCACACGACCCCUGCUACGUACACAACUACAAUGUAAACAUGUUCAACACCCAGCUGGACGAAAGCGAAGUCAGUAUGGACCUCAAGAAGAGAGAGUUAGAAAACUACUACACCAAACACAAGUACAAACACAUCUAUUUAGAAAUUCUAAAAAACCGAGAUAACAAGUUAGUGCACCUAAUUAUCCACCCCAUAUUGCCACAAGAAACCGUGCCGUGGAAAACGGAAGAUUUUGUAGAAAGAGAAAAAUGUAAAAAGAAAAAAAAAAAACCAAAUGAUCGAAAUUUAAAAGCAUACUUGGAAAAGGAAAAAAAUAAACUGGCCAAAGCGGAAGCAAUGGACAAUGAAUGGAUCAACAACUUACUAAAACAAUUGUCCUACGCCUACUGCUACAAUGAUCUUGAAGACACCAACGUCUUCGUACAUGUGCAGAAAAAAAUCUUAAAUAAUUUCCUCUGUGUAGAAUUAUUGCCCCUCUUUAAAAAAAACCUAGAAAAUUUGCUACUUGCGAGUGCACAAAACUGGCUCAUGGUCUACAUCCAUCAGUCCUUCUAUCUCACCCUCAAUGUGAAGCCCAUUAAAAUUUACAAAAAUGCAGAGGAAGAAAAGGCCAAACUACGAAAUAGGAAAAGCAGCACAGAUCUAAGUAUGGAUCGACGAAAUAGCAAAGACGAUGAUAAUUAUUCUUCAGAUUAUCACAGCAGAGACUCCUACACUAAGUAUAAUGAUCGGGACAGCAAGCAUCUCCACCAUGGAGUGAAGAAAAAGUUUUACAGUGAUGAAUCUUACACCAGCAGUGGUGACGAUGAUGAUGGUGGGAAAAAGUCCAGCCGAGUGCACAAGGAAGAGAAAAAAAACAAAAAGAGGGAAAGCAAAUGGGGAGACACUGACGAGGUCACGAAUGAAACACAAAAGGGAAACAAAAAAGGAGGCACCAAUUGGGAUCUCGGUGCUGAUCAGGCUACUGAUCAAGGUGCAGACCAGAGCGCAGAUCCCAACUGGGAUCAUACUACGGAGCAAAAUGCAAAACACAAGUCGGCUGAGCGAUCGAAUAAGUCGGAACUGUUCGACUCUUCGCACUCCGUUGAAAGUGAGGAGGAAUACAAAUCGGAGGAAACAAUGAAAGAAAAAAAAAAUGCCUACAUGAAGAAUCUGUACGAUGAUGAUAACUACUCGGACAAAUCUGGAAAAAGCUACAUUUCUAACAAACCAGACGAAGAAAAAAAAAAACAAAAAAUUCUAAAAAGUAUAAAAAAAAAUCAUAACGUAUACGAAGUGGUCUCCAUAAUAUGUGAACCCAUAAAUUAUGGGAUCAGACUACACAUAAUAGCUUGCGACAUCUACGGUGAUAUUGUCGAGUACAUCUACCUCGACAAUAUAUACCUAGAUAUUGCUAAAAAGGAAAAAAUGCCAGUGGAGCAGGAAAAAAUUACACAAGAUAUUAACAUAUUUAACAACUUCCUUAAGAAAAUCAAACCAGAUGUCAUAGCCGUCGGGGUUAGGGACGUGUACUCCUACCUCGUCUACUCGUACGUGUUAAACUUGGUCAAUGGAGGAGCAGGGGGCAUGGACAAAAGCGCACACCUCACGAGUAGUUCCCCCCAUGUGGCGGGAACACAUGGAAAAUACGUGGUAAUACCAGAAAAUCUGUACAUCCCAAGCAUAGUAACGAACAGCCAAAAGUACAGCGCAGAUUUGACGAGCAAAUACCCCAGGGAGGCUUUACUCGGUCUGUCCCUGUGCCGCUUUGUGCAAAAUCCCCUGUGCGUAGUUAUAUCCCUUUUCGAAGAAGAAAACAAAAACAUGUUUAAUAUUUGCCUACACGAUUUGCAGAAAUAUAUUUGCAGCUACAAAUUGGAAGCUCUCUUCCACAGAAUCAUAGUAGAUGUAGUAAACAAAACUGGGUGCGACAUUAAUUUUUUGAAGAAAAAAAAAAAACACUUGGGAGUCAUGUUAAGUUACGUCGCCGGAUUAGGUUUACGAAAAAGGGAAGAAUUAAUUAAACUUUUGCAUAACAGAAAUUUGAGUACAAGGGAGGAUCUACUAACCCUAUCUUCAAAUAAGAAUCUAAUAGGAAAAUGCAUCUAUCGAAACUGUUCCUCUUUUAUUAGAAUUAUUGGACAUGGGGAUGAGUAUGUGGAAGCACUGGACAACACGAGGAUACACCCCCUGAAUUGCUACGACAUUAUUCAGGAUCUGUUCAAAAAUGUCAUUGACACCAAAAAAAAUAAUUUUUUAAAAAGCACCUACGACAUUGUAAAUUACAUUAUUAAUAAAAAAAAACUUAUUCGAAAUAUGGAAAUAAAAGAUUAUUCCAGACGAUUCUAUGAUGAUAAGAAAAUCUACAUUUACCCCUACCUCAAGUUCAUUCAAACGGAACUCAUGUAUCCUUAUAAAGACUACCGUUACAACUACGAGAAAAAAAAAGAAGAAGAAUUGUUCUACCUAAUAAUUAAUGAAAAAAAAGAAAACCUAGCCAUUGGAUCUGAAGUUGUGUGUAAAAUGGACUACCUGAACAAAAAUAAUAAUUACAUUAAGAUAACAAUAUUACCCUACAACAUCAAGGGAAUCAUUACCGACUCAAAAGAAUUCUUAAGACAACUAAGAAAAUAUUACAUGGACAGGAUGAACCUAAUUAACUCCAAUUUAGAAAAUAUAAACUCUUCACAUAAAGGACACCACCAUUAUGGACAUAACAACAAUUUGAAGGACCCUGAAUAUAUUAACAACUCCGUGCUAGGUGAAUUAAUCAAAGGAAGAAUCUCUUCCAUCAGCUACAAUAUGUAUAACCGAUUCGAAACGAACUUUCACGUAGUCGUAACGGAAGAAAACAUGAAAAAAAUUAAGGAACAAAUCUUCAUGGACAAUUUAAAAGGGCCAAUCACUUAUAAUUAUCUCUCUCCACUGGUCGAGCUAGACAUACAAUACGACACAAACACGUUCAUACAAAAUCAUUUUAGAAAAUUAAACGACAAUGAAGACGUGGAAGAUUUUGAUGAAGAAGAUGAGGACGACGAAGACCAAGCGGAGCAGAAUCAGUCGAAUCCACAUGGACACAUGGCAAACCGCUCCAACGCAAACAGUAGACAGCAAAAAAUGAAACUCAAAAUUAAAAAUAAAAAUAAAUACUACCAAAACAAAAAACUUAUAAAUCACCCUCAUUUCAAAUUAUGGAAUUAUCAUGAAGUGCGUGCAUAUCUUAAACAGACCAACAUUGGAAUUGGGGAGUCCAUCAUCUAUCCCUCGAACGAACUCAACAAACUAUACUUACAUGUAAAAACCUCAGAUGACCCUUUCAUUAUAGCCAAGUUUACUGUGUACGAGAAAAAUAUUCAACAUGCAGGCAACACUGCGAGUGCCUCCCUAUAUAAAAACAUGCAGGGCAUUCAACAAGUGUACCUUAUAAAUAAUGAACAGUUCCAUUCCAUUGACCAAAUAAUUUCCCUCUUUUGUGAUAAACUAAAAAAAAAUCUAAUCGAAUUAUACAACCAUCCAAAGUGUAAGAGAAAAAAACAGUUGGAAGAAAUUAGAAAAGAAUUGUCACAAGAAAGUUUACUCAAACCGGAACACAUCGUCUGGGCCCUUAUCCCACCCAUUCCAUUCCCGCCAAAAAAAAAUGCCAACGAAAAUGAUAAAACUCCCAUUCCAGACUUUAACCCGCUCCGAUUUACCCUCAUGGUUAUCCCCCCACAUAAUCACCACCAACAGCUUUACGCAAAUUAUAACAACGACCAUCAUCCCAAGGGCCACUUCGUGCUACAGGACUCCAUCUACGUGGACCACAAAUCCUUCAAACUGUGGACCAGGGCCGAGCGCAACUUUAAAAAUCUUAUUAAUUGGUGGAAGGAGAAGGGGUACUGGAACAGACAGAACGAGCGCCAGGAGUACAUGAACGAGAAGAAGAGAAAGAUGGAGGAGUACCGCCGGCUCCGCGGGGGAAGACCUUAA